GUGCGCGGCGGUGGAAGUGAAGUGGAAUGUCAGUGUUGGUCGGCUUGACAAAUUAAUGUUGAAGUGAGGGUGUGUUCGCCAUUUACCUGGACGGCCAUCAGUGCUCUUGUGACUACUUUACUAAACGAGGACACAGAUACAACUGUACAUUUGUAUUUAUUGUGUUAACGCUGGCUACUAUUCUGAAGAAAGCAGGGUCCGGAUUAAAGGAUGCGAAGAAGGCUCUGAGUCGGGGCUCCAAGAUGAGUGUGACAUCAUGGUUCCUGGUCAGCAGCUCAGGCACAAGACACCGGUUGCCACCAGAGAUGAUCUUUGUAGGCCGGGAGGAGUGCGAGCUCAUGUUGCAGUCGCGCAGUGUGGACAAGCAGCAUGCUGUCGUCAACUACAGCCCAGCCACAGACGAGCAUAUGGUGAAGGACCUGGGCAGCCUGAACGGGACUUUUGUGAAUGAUCUGAGAAUCCCAGACGAGACUUACAUCACCCUGAAGCUCUCUGAUGUCAUCCGCUUUGGAUAUGAUAUCCUUUUAGUUAAUAUGCCUUCCUUAGCUCUGCUUCCACAUUGUCAUGUGUACAUCCUGGAGAGGAGUCAACACAAGGUGCCAGAGGAGGCUCUCAAACAUGAGAAGUACACCAGCCAGCUGCAGAUGAGUGUGGAGACCCUGGAGGCCAGGAAGAGAGAGAAGGAGAGGCAGCAUGCUAAGGAGAAGACCAGAGACUCAUCCUGCUUCAAACAGGAGAAAGCCGAGCAUAAAGCUGCCCUCGCAGCAGUGGCCAGCGAGGCUCCGGUGUCCAGGCCCACUCCUCUGUAUGGACAGCCGUCGUGGUGGGGGGAGGAUGAUGCUGAACACAGUGAAGGACAGCGGCCAGACGAGGACCCUGCAGAGAAUACUAAAGAGGGCUCCAGACAUGAGGUCAACGGCUCCCUGUCAGACAGCCAGGCCAAGACAAACUACUCACACCACAGGGAGCUAAGCUACUUUGAGAUUCCCACCAAUCAGUUCCAGCAGCGGGAGGUCCAUGAGGUUCCCACUAAGGACACUGACCCCCCUGCUGGCCCUGUCCCUGUUCUCCCCCCAGCACCCACCUCCACCCCCACACCUCCUGUGGUGCAGAGCCACGCCUCCUUCACCAUCGAGUUUGACGAAUGCACACCGGGCAAGAUCAAGGUCAAGGACCAUGUGACCAAGUUUUCCUUCCGCCAGCAACACAAGCUCCCGGGUAAGGAGGCAUUGACAGCGCCCACUGAGGUGAUGUCAACGGAGAGCAAGGUGGCUGAUUGGCUGGUCCAAAGCGACGUGAGAAUGAUGAGGAGGAGGUCUCGGACGGAGGACAUGUUCAGCACAAAGAGUGAGCUGCCCAUCUACAACGAGGCUUCUACAGGCCACCAUUAUGAGGCUAUCCAAUUAAAGCCACUGAUGGGCCUUCACAUGUCUCUACCACCCCAGCUGGCCCCACCGAGACCCUUCACCCACCCUGACUCAGAGGAGCCUCUGUCCAGCUCCCCUCCAGAGUCUCACUCCCCUUCUCAGAGCCAGGACAAAGCAGACCCCCAGCAGGCCUUCGUCAUCGAGUUCUUUGACGACAAUCCACGCAAGAAGCGUUCACAGUCCUUCACCAACAACACAGCCCAGCUUGACAGCCCAGGCAUCAGGAACAAGCUGGAGAAAAGGUGCGGCCCCAGCACCCCCACCCAGCAGUACACCAUUCCCUUGAAGGGUGCAGGUUCUGGAGGCCCGCAGAGGGCCGGCUCCCUGAGGAGGGAGAAGAUGGAGGAUCGGAUCAGUAACGGCUUCUCCUCCCGCUCCAUCCCUCUCAGGCCCUUUAGAAGUGUGGGCCGCAGGUCCAAGCUGGCCCAGGACUUCACGGCUGAGUUGCUGAGGGAGUCCAGACAGGAGUCUAGGCCUAGCAUCAACACAACCUGGGAGAGGAAUACUUCACCUGUGUCUCCUACCACCAGCCCUUCACCAACAGUAGUGGCAGCAGCCCCCCAUUCCCACCAGACCCCACCAAGCCCCCCUCAGCCCCCUGUUCCAUACCUGACUCAGACCUCCUCCCCUGUCCACCAGUCUGUGCCCCUAAAAGCCCCUCUGAUGCCCAAGGCCCCACGCCCCAUGGAGGCCCCACGCCCCAUGGAGGCCCCACGCCCCAUGGAGGCCCCACACCCCAUGGAGGCCCCACGCGGCCUGGAGGCCCCAAGCCCCACGCAGCCUGGAGGCCUGGGGAAUGAGGAGGAUGAUACCUUGAGUGAAGCAGGCACCUACACCAUCGAGACGGAGGUCCAGGAUAAAGAGGUGGAGGAGGCACGCAGCAAGAUAGAACUGGUGUUUGGUGUUGUUGAGGGGCCAGAGCAGCCCAGCCAGACUGCUGCAGCAGCAGCAUAUAAGCCUGUUGAGUAUCAGGACAGGGAGGAGUGUAGAGAGAGUAGCUCGGUGGAUCUGAGGCCAGCUCCAGGGCAGGGACAGAAUCUGGUGCAGGUACCUGGUGGCUCUAAGUGGGUGUCUCGCUGGGCCAGCCUGGCAGACAGCUACACAGACUCUGGCCCUGCCUCAGGCCUCUUCAACAUCCCCUCACAGAUGGACCUGUCAGGAGGAGUUGGUGGGAGAACCGUCCAUCAGGCGACGCUCAGUCGGAACAUCAACAAUGUGGAAUCGGAAGGCCAGAGUUCCAGAACACAGCGGAUUCUGCCUCAGGCACCGUCGAUGGAGAAGAAUGAGACUCCAACUCCCAGCAUUCUUAUCCAUCAGGACACUUACUUUACCUAUGAUAUCAAAGAGAGGAGCUCCAGAGUCCCCGGACCACAGGAGGACCUCAACAACCUGUCUGUACAGCACGACCUUGACCCAGACAGCCUGAGUGAUGCCAGUAAGUCAGACGACGGCUCCAUCGUGGAGCAGAGGAAGACACCCACACCAGAGACGACAGACAAGAGUUCAUCUCAGAGCAGAGAAGAGGAGAGGCCCACACUCCCAGCCAAGUCUACAUCAUUCUACAUCGGCUCUAAGGAGACUGUGUCUAAACAGGAGCAGGGAUCCAGACCCAAUACACCUAAGACUGAGAGAAAACCACCUCCUCCCAAGACACCACAGUUCUCCAUAGCCACCCUGACCAAACAACAGGAUGGACAAGACUUACAGAAGACGGUCAAGCUCAACUCAUCAGCUCCCAAGCUGGACUACCAGGGCAGAGUCAGCCCUCAGCCCAAGGAGAUCUCAGUGUCUCUGGUCAGGCAGGAGAGCUUCACUAAGGACCAGCCAAGUGAUGCUGCCCAGGUCACCAGACUCCCUCACAUCUCCAGCCAGCCUGCUCUGAGUGACCCUGACCCUGCUGAGGCGUUCCAGGGUGUCUGCAGCCAGGACACCCACUCCUACCUCAAAGGGACCAAGGACACUCUGGCUGCCCUGGAGGCCAAGCUCCAGGCCCAGCCACCUGAUGUUGCUCCUCGCCCCAUAGAUUACUCUCUGUCUGGGGAGUCUGACAUGGACUCAGCCAGCACUGCCAGCCAGCACAGCAACCAGACUGCCCCCAAGACCGGAUCCAAGAAGCCCUUUAUCACUAGUGGCCUUCAGAGGGAGAGGUCCUCUGCCAGCUCCUUCACCCAGGAGUCCAGUCGCCAGCAGUCAGCCCUCGAUCGCCUGUCAGAGAAGCGGCGGUCCCAGGGAGUGGACAUCAGCAGGAAGCCUGAACAAGACCGGAGGCUGGGGAUGAGACGCUGUGCAGGAAAACAUGUCUCCAUGGACCUGAGUGAUGACCCCCAGAGCUUCAGCUUACCCUACUGGCCUGAAACCAUCUCCUCAGACCAGGAGGGCUCCCGGCCCGCUGCAUGCAAGAAGUACACCGUCCCUCUGCAGAAAGAGGAUUUCACUAAGUCCUCCAAAGUGACCCAGGCCCUAAGCCGCUCCAACAGCAUGUCUGCCCCACGGCCCACAAGAGCUUCAAUGCUUCGCCGGGCUCGCCUGGGCGAGGCGUCCGACAACGAGGGCACAGAGACGGACAGAAUCUCCCAGAACUCACAGGAAGCCAGUGGGACCACCAAGGCCUCCCAGGACAGUAAGAAGCAGCUCUCCAGGCUGGACAUGCUGGCUCUGCCCCGGAAGAGGACUAGCUCCUUCACCACUCCCAGUGAUGCGGAGUCCUCUGCACCCAGGACAGGCUUCUCCAACCGCAGCACAGAGUCCAACAGCGGCUCUGGCCGUAAGGCCUCCGUGGCUGGGCCCAGCACUAAGCCUGCGCUAGGCAGGGCCUCUGGAGCAGGCAAGCUCAUCACCCGCGUCCGCUCCAGCAGUGCCAAAUACACCAGCAGCACAGCCAGCUCUAGACGACGACAGAAAGGCUCUGACUGCACCUCCACCUCCGAGGAGGAGUUUGACUCUAACCAGAGCACCCCUAAACACAAACGCUCACACACCCCCUCAGCCUCCCGCUCCCAGCCUCUCAUCCCCCCACGCCCCAAACCCCGCUCACGAGACUCUGACCAGGAGAGUCACGAGGGAGACGCCUACCAGAACUGGUCCUCCCACAGUGCUGAGAUAGCAAGACUCAGUCAGGACCUGGCUAAAGAUCUGGCCAUCCUUGCCAGGGAGAUCCAUGAUGUGACUGGUGAUGCUGAUCCUCAGAGCUCUUCUGCAGUGGAGGCCAACACACCUGUCUCUACCAUCACCGCCAGGGAGGUGUUGGUCCAUCCCAUCCCAGAGGCUGGUGUGAACUACCAUAGAGUUCCUCCUGGAUCCGCUGCAGCCAGGGACCCCGACCAGACCAUGAUGAAUGACCAGGAACACAACUCUAAGCACAGAGGAUGGGACCAGGAAGCGGUUGUUGUGGAUGAUCUGAUGUUGAAUCCAGUAUCCCAGAUCUCUCUGGCUAUUCGAGAAAACACGGAGCAGCUAGCUGAGAAAAUAAAGGUACUAUUCCACAACAAAACUGACGUUUGGAGGGAGAAGCAAUGCUUUGAAGCAAUGCUCAGUAAUGAAAACGACAUCCCCAUCAUGAAAGGCUCAAACAAGGAAAUCACAUAUAUUCUGAAAGAGCUCAGAAGAGUUCAGAGACAACUUGAAGUCAUCAACACUAUCAUUGAACCCAGUGUAAUUCUUGAGCCAGCCAAAGCCUCCACUCCUAGUGCCCCCUCCUCAGCCGGGUUGAGGCCAUCCAGGGCCCCUUCGAGAGACUGGAGAACCUCAGGUUCCCAGCAGAGUGGUGGUGGGGGCCCCUCUGCCAGCUCCAGGCCCAGUGAGUGCGUCAGGAGAUCAGCUAUGGCCUCUGAGGCAGAGAGCUACGUGGUCUGAGGUUUUGGAACACAGUACCUCCCCUUCACUGCUGCGCCACAAUCCCAGGUGUUGAGAGAGAGAGUGGAUUUGAGAGGGGAAAUAGGCACUGCUAGAGAGAACUGUGGCCCCACCGCACAAAGACACUACUGUACUGUGUGUGCAGUACUAGACAACUGCAAUGCGCAUUGAACUGCCAUGGUGUGAAAAGGGGAUUGUACGAAACGCAUAAAGCCAUGCAGUGGUUAGUUCAGCCGAGGGAAAAUCCCUUUAAAGGCCCAAUGCAGCUGUUUUUAUAUCAAUAUACAAUUAUUUCUGGGUAACAAUUAAGUGUACUGUAAUAGAUUUAUAUUCAAAUUGACAAAAAUAACUUUUUACCCAAAAAGUAUUUCUCAAGCAAGAAUUUUGCUAGGACUGUCUGGGAGUGGUCUGAGUAGAGAGGGGAAAACUGAA